CUUGACAAACUUUAAUUUAAAAAAUUUUGUGUAUAUUUAUAUAGCACACUUUUAUUUUAGAAUCUCCCUCCCUUUCCUUCAACUCCAAAAAAUAUAGAUUGCACGAAUGGCAGAGGCUGGAUAUAAUCGAUUGUCAUUCACAGGGAAACGUGCACAUCACGUCGUCGCCAGCAGCGGCAGUAGCAGUCGGUAUUUGUCGUUGGAGCGAAAUUGGGCAGGAAAAUUAUUAACGCCGCCGGUUAGGGCCUGCAGCAGACACCAUCAAGUGAAACUAUCAAAAUUCUUUGGCUAUAUCAUCAUGUAUCGACUAGCAGUAAUAGAACAAUGCAAGUGUGCUGUGCAGCGUUCCUUGCCCCAAACAGGCAACAGACACUACAGCAACAAAAAUGGAAGCAAUGGCCACAGAAGUAACAGCGGCGGUCAACAGAGGCAAAAUAGCAGCCUGCCUCCUCCACCGCAUAUGCGCGAAGCUGGCUUCGGCAAAGUGAUGCUCCUUUUGACACCACUGGCCGCAGUCGGCGGCGUUAUUACCUAUGCCAAAUACGACAAGAACUUCCGCCAAUUGGUUGAGAAGAAUGUGCCUGGCGCUGAGACGAUAAUUAAAGUCAGCUUGCGAGAAGAGCCGCCGUUCCAGGACUUGACCAAAAGUGUCAACGAACAAUACGAUAAAGUGAAAACGACUUUCAACAGCGUCUCCGACUCGGUAAACUCAGUGACCACCAAAGUAACUGGACUAUUUGGUGGCGGCAACAGCGCGCCUGAAGUGCAACCAACUGCCACGGUAAAGAAACCCGUCGAAACGGCCAAGCCCAAAGCAGCAACUCCAGCGCCAGCAGCAAAGAGUGAACCUGCUCCAGUGGCCAAGUCAGAGGCUGCUCCAGCAGCGGCGGCAGCGCCAAAGCCAGCAGCUCCUAAAGAGAGCCCACUGCCCCAGGAAGUUGUGGAGCUGGAGAAGGCGAUUGAGCUGUCGGCGCAAUUGGCAGUGAAGGAAUACAAUACGGCCAUUGGUGUGCUUAAGAAGUUCAAUGAUGAUGUGCGUAAUGUGGUGGACAAGGCUGUGGAACAUGGUGAAACUGCACUUUGGCGCACGCUGAAGAACCGUGCUGGUGCUCGCGACAUGGCCGUGACGGUAGCUGAACGUGCAGCACGUGAAGCGCAGGAGAAGAUUGAGCGUUGUGAACUAGCUUUAAGCAAGAUUGUCACAGCGCAAAACCAGGAGAAAGUGGAGCAGGUGCGCAGCAAGAUCAAGAAGCUCGUCGAUCACAUUAGCCAGGUGAAGGAUGAGCUCUACAAGCAGAAGGAUACCGCAAGCGUCUCUGAUAAAUAUUGGCGCAGUGUCGAACAAGCGCGCAGCUAUUUCAUCGAUGAAAUCGAAUCCAUUUUCCCCGGACUCAAUCUGGAUGAUAAGAAAUUGAAUCUAUCCAAGGAGGAUUUGGAUCUAUUCAUUCUGCAUGCCUACUCGCAUGUGGUGGCCUAUCAAAAGGAGCUGCAGCGCCUGCAAACCGAUGGUGAAUUGCGUCUAAAGCGUGCCAUUGACUCACUGAAGGGUGACAAUAGCUCCAGUGCAUUGCGUGCUCAGUUGGACUAUCAUUUGGAGGCGGAGAAGCGUAAGCUGGCUGUGGAGAAUCAAAAGAAGAUAUUCCAAAUCCAUGCCGAUGCCGAUAAGCAACUGCGUUUGCAAUUGAAGAAACAGGCUGAGGCGCACACGGAUCACAUUAAGGAUAUUGUGGCGCAGCGUGAAACGGAUUUGACGCGCAGCUUCAAGCAGGAGCUGGAGGAUCAGUUGGCUGCUGCAAAGGCCAACUACAAGCUGCAGCUGGCUGCCAUGCUGGGCAAGCUUCGUGGCAUGGACACUGCGUUGGCUGAGCGUGCUGAGACGGAGCGUUCAGCUAACCAGGCACAAGCCUUGUGGGCUGCUUGCCAAGCUCUGUGGGCAUCGGUGCGCACUGCCACACCUGGCGUGCACUACAAGGAGAAGCUGCGACCUCUGAAAAACGAGAUCAAUGCUAUUGCCAAGGUUGCUGAGGGUGACGAACUCGUGACUGCGGUCUUGAACAAUAUGCCCAAGGAGGCGCAGGAGCGUGGCGUCUUCCCCGAAGAUGCGUUGCGUGAACGUUUCCUGAAUGUGGAGCGCAUUGCACGUCGCUUGGCGCUGGUGCCAGAGAAUGGAGGCAGUCUGCCUAUGUACUUCCUCUCGUUUCUGCAGUCACUUUUCAUUGUGCGACCGGAUAAUCCCAUUUCCAAAGACGAGCUUGACAACAAGCCUUUUGACUACAAUAAAUUGGACACAUACGACAUAUUGAACAGGGCCAGGUAUCAUGUGGAUCGUGGAGACUUCUUGCAGGCGCUGAAAUACCUCAACUUGUUGGAGGGCGCGUCACGAGAAGUGGCCAACGAUUGGAUGAAGGAGACUCGGCUUAUGCUGGAGACACAACAGGCGGCCAAUACGUUGAUGGCUCAUGCCGCCGCUAGCGGUUUGUUGUAUUUGUAGAUUAUGUUUUCCAUCGCGUCAUCCCCUUUUAGUUUGCAAAUAAUUAAUUUUGUUGUAAUUUCACUCAAUAAUGCAAAAAGUCUAAUCAA